AUGUUCCGUGGUGUAUAUGGACUAGUGUACUGGUGUACAUCUGCUGGUGUUUCUCAGGUCGAAAUCACUUAUGCUCUUGUUGUAAAGGUCUCAAUGAAAUCUCACUACUUGCUUGUUUCUCAAUAUUUUAGAUAUUUACUAAAAGUCGUUCUUCGUUUGAAACCUCAAACUCAAACCCCCGUCCUCUUUUUGCAAUUUGGUCCCAUAACCAAAAAAAUCUUAAAGUCUCAAAAUUCAUCACCACGCGCACUUUUAACAUCUUUGACAGUUGCACAUCCUAAAACGAAAGGCCAACGGACUGCACGAGUGCGAACCUGGCUGCGAAGAUGCCUGCAGACAGCGGCCCACCCUACGACUUCCGCCUCUUCACAUUCCUACACCCAUUGCUCGCAACCGUUACCCGCCCGCGCACCGAGCCUGAAUCUCUGCUGGGGUAUCUUUGAGGAACAGACCCAUUGUCACAAAACACGUUUCGAAAUCACUUUGUCGCAAAUCACGGCUCCGCCAGUGUCCUACAAGCCCAUACAUUGCUUCUGCUUCACUGGAAUCCUGCCUCACUUUGCGUGUGUUUUCCAGCCACGUUUUGACCAAUCCCGUUGA